AUGGAUGUUGGGAUUGUCGGAAUUGUCGUGGGCAACGACGGGAGGGAUGGCAAGGGCGGAAGGCUGGUCGGGAUAUUCGGAAUUGUUGUGGGCAAGGAAGGGAGGGGGGGCAAAGGAGGGAUGGUGGUUGGAAUUUUGGGAAUUAUUGUGGGAAUGGAAGGGAUUGUUGUUGGAAUUGUCGGCAUCGUCGAGGGUAGAGGCGGCAAUGGGGGUAAGGUUAGGGCGGGAAGGGGGGGUGUGUCUAAUAGGCGGCGGGCCCCAAGGCAAGCAUGGUCACUGAGCAACGAUAGAACCACCAGCAUUGCUAGGAGGAAGCUCUUGUUUGAACCCAUGGCUAGAGAGAGGUGA